CGCAGUCCUGAUAUUAGUCAUCUUCCCCGUCCUGCCCGCGGCGGCCGUCAGCGUGAGCGCCAGCGAUGAAAUCUCCCCCGUCCCGCUCGCGGCGCCCCCACGCCAUUCCUUCUUUCCAUCCACCGUCGGGGGAGCGAGGGAGCGAGAGCAUGGCGAGCGGGGGCAGGGUGGAUCUAGACGGCGGCGCCGUGCCGCCGCUCACCAUCUGCAUGAUCGGCACCGGCGGCUUCAUCGGCUCCCACCUCUGCGAGAAGCUCAUGGCCGAGACCCCCCACGUCGUCCUCGCCGUCGACGUCUACUCCGACAAGAUCCGCCACCUCGUCGAGCCGCCGCCUCCCCACCUCGCCAGACACAUCUCCUUCCACCACCUCAACAUCAAGAACGACCCCCGCCUCAAGGGCCUCGUCAAGAUGGCCGAUCUGGUACUUCCCCUCCCUCCCUCCCCUCGCGGAUCGAGUCGCGGCGCCGCAGCCCCUGCACCUACACGACGGCGCCCUGGAGACCCGAGGAAGUCGGACCAGAAGACGGAUCCCAAGCCGGCGGGGACGAGUCCAGAGCCGAUCCAGGAGCCGCGCGUCGAGGAGGCCCGUGGCUGCGGCGGUUUCGCUUUCCUCUGCGCCCUCGCUGGACAACAAGGAGGCCAUUACUGGAAUCUCCAUGCCGAUGGGGUCCGACAAGCUCUACUCUGGCAGUGCCGACGGCUCUGUUCGCGUAAGGGACGACAAAUCUGGCAAGGUAGCUGGGCUAUCCGCUCUUGGCAUUCCCCUCAGACUCGUUAUGCUCAGUUCACCUUUGAGGUCAUGUCUCUAUUGAUUCCUGCAUUACGUGUGGCGGUUGAGUUCUGCUGCCUGUUCAAUUGGGGAUUAACUCUGGUUGCUUGAGGUGGUUGAUGUGCCGAUGGGCUCAAAUUGUGCAUCGUCUAUGAUGGUUGAUGUGUGCUGACUGCUUGAUCAACUGAGGAGCUCCUCUAAUUCCUCUGUGCGCCUGAUGUAUCCGUUGGUUCAGAUCAGGUUGUCAUUUGGCACGCCUGGGGUUGAGGACAUGUCAGAUUGAUUUGCCUUGGAGGCUUUUCGCCUGUUUGUCGUGAUCAGUGUACACGAGAUCAGUUUCGGGAGGCGAUCAGGCUGGUUACCUGACAGGCAAAACUCUCUGCGGUUAAAGUUGCACUCUGAUUGCCAGAUGGCCAUAUGUUUAAUAGCAAGAAAAAAAGAGUAAAAAAGAAAGGGAAAAACGAGAGAUGAGCUUUAAGAAGAGAAGAUUCUUCAGGAAAAA